AUGCGCAACAUGGGGUGGGCCUUGCUGCUCCUCCUAGCGGCUCUCAUCUCCACUGCAGCUGGAGACAUCAGCAAGGCAGAGGCAGAAGAUGAUGGGCUAACUGAAGAGUUGUCCGAUGUUGGUGAGCUGAAGGAACAGUCCCGCCGAAUCUUUGGCCAGGGCGGGUUUUUGGGCACAGGCAUCGGAGCCGGCGGCGGGCGCGGCGGGAAUGUUCAGUCGGCUGCACAAGGAGCGCGCGGUAACACCGUUUACCACGUCUUCGCCCAAGCCAAGAACUACGCCCAGGCCAAGCAACACUGCACGUCCAUCGGCGGGAGCCUCGCCAAUGUCAAAACCAGGAGCCUGCACGAUUUCGUCCUGGGUCUGAUCCGCAAAGUCGACUUCAACAGGGACUACUGGUUCGGACUCAACGAGAAAACGGUUGCCAAGACCUGGACCUGGUCGGACGGAAGCCCCAUCAAAGGUUGCGACUUCACGAACUGGGCGCCCGGGCAGCCGGACAACUUCCUGUGGGGCCAGGACUGCGGGCAGAUGUGGAAAGCCGCCGGCUACAAGUGGGACGACGAUAACUGUGCUCACCAGAAGUACUUCAUCUGCCAAAUUGCUGCAUGGCUGCGGAGGGAUCCGUCCUGGGUUGUGGACUCCGCCGGCACACCAUGGAAGAAUGGAGGAAAGACAUACGAUGCCGCCAAAGCCUUGGAUGGGGACACCACGACCUUCUGGAACCCCAUUAACACCAGAAGGAACUUCAACAACUGGUACAUCGUGCUGGAUCUCAAGGCGCCCCACACUCUCUCACAAAUCGCGGUACAGAGCUUCGGAGACACCACGCACGACGUGAAAGCCUUCAAGCUGCAAAAGUCGCAAAGUGGGAGUCCGUACAACUGGGAGGACGUCAAGUCCGUCGGUACCGUGCAACAAGGGAACAAGCGCCAGGAGUUCGGCGGGUUCCAGGGAACAGCGCGGUACUGGAGGUUCGUCGUCACUCAGACCCACUCGGGCUGGCAGCCAUAUCUGAGAGAACUGGACUUGUUCGGAAGCAGGGCAGGUAAGACGAACAUCGUUCUGUUCUUUAUUAUGUUUAAAUAUUACAGAGGAGGCUUUUCUGGCGGAGGGUCUGCUGGGGGAGGCUUCUCUGCUGGAGGUUUUUCUGCCGGAGGUUCUGGUGGGGGAGGCUUCUCUGCGGGAGGCCUGUCUGGAGCAGGAGCAGCUGCAUGGCUGCAGAGGGACGCGUCCUGGGUUGUGGACUCCGCCGGCAGACCCUAUAAGAAUGGAGGAAAGACAUACGAUGCCGCUAAAGCCUUGGAUGGGGACACUACGACCUACUGGAACCCACAAGACCUUGCCCGUCACUUCAACAACUGGUACAUCGUGCUGGAUCUCAAGGCGCCCCACACUCUCUCACAAAUCGCGGUACAGAGCUUAGGAGACACCACGCACGACGUUAAAGCCUUCAAGCUGCAAAAGUCGCAGAGUGGGAGUCCGUACAACUGGGAGGACGUCAAGUCCGUCGGUAACGUGCAGGUAGGGACGAACAAGCGCCAGGAGUUCGGCGGGUUCCAGGGAACAGCGCGGUACUGGAGGUUCGUCGUCACUCAGACCCCCGCUGGCUGGCAACCAUGGCUUAAAGAGCUGGACUUCUACGGAGUCAGAGCAGGAAUCACCUCUGGAAACCCGACCGGAAGCAGCUGGAAGCAGAUUCCAGGAAGCCUGAGUGCCGUGUACGUCAGUUCCGCCAGUAACCAGGUCUGGGGAGUCAACUCUGGGGACCAGGUCUUCCGGAGGAGCGGCAUUGGAGCAGCAGGCACGGGUGGAGGCUCCGGAGCAGGUGAUGGUUACUAA